AUGAUUUACGAUCAAGAGUUAGAAAAAUCGAAAAAUGUGUCUACUCAAGAAGAAUUUAAUUUAUCGUAUUACGAUGGAGCAAAUAAGCCGGUCAAUUCAACUGAAAUCAACGGAAAAAACCACACUUCUCUGAAGAUUCAAUUCAUCAAUAAUAACAACACGCAGUUUCAAGUGUUUCUGCAUUUGAGCAGGCAAAUAUUGGCGAGCAACUUUGCCGUCUACGUUGUUGGUGAACAUCACAAGCGCAAGAAAGUUCAUAAACUGAAAUUAGAUUGCCACUACCAAGGACACGUGGAUGGCAAUCAAUCACAAGUGGCUGUCCUCUCACUGUGCUCCAGUGCCAACGGUUUUUAUCAAAGAGGCAAUGAGGUUUUUGAAGUGAUGUCCAAACAAAAAGGAUCGUUGGAUGCGGUUGUCGUGAAGAAAGUUGACGUUCCAAGAUCAUCAUUUUGUGGAGUUCGUAACACUUUGAUGGCAAGCAGAAAAAAUUUGAAAAAUGUAAAGAAGCUGGUUCCAAUUAAAAGAAAUGUGACAGCCACACUUGACAGAGAAAUCAGAAUUGUCAAGAUAUUUGUUGCUGUCGACUAUGAUGUUGACAAAAAUAUUCGGUGUAACGUAUGGACUUGGAGAGUUCUAUUCAAUGUGUUCCUCAAGUUCAGCUCUUUGGAUUUCAGUAAAUGUUUUUGA